AUGGAGAUCAACCAGACGGAAAAAGAACUUCACGAGAUUGAGGAGGAGCUCCACAUCGAGAUUUUACCAGGAACGGAGAUCAUGCGGGAUAUCGGUUCGCACCAUUUCGUCAAGUCGGGCGACACCACACACCGCGUGCUAGUACCGCAGCCUACGGACGACAAACAUGACCCCCUCAACUGGUCUAGGUGGUGGAAAACCUCGGCCAUCAGUGUCACGACCUACAUCACCUUUAUCCAGGGUUUCGGCCCCCUCGCCCUGGCGCCGCAGUUCGAAUACUACAUGGAGGACUUCCAUUGCAGCUUGGCCGACGCGAUCCAAUUCACCGGCGUGUGCAUUCUUGUCCUGGGAUUCAGCAACUUCAUCUGGGUUCCCAUCAGCACUUCCUUCGGCCGCCGCCCAGUACUCUUCUUCUCUACGCUCAUCUGCUUCGCCUCGGCCAUCUGGCGCGCUGAGGCCAAAAGCUACAGCAGCUUCAUGGGCGCAUGUGUGGUCAACGGUAUCGGCGCUGGCCCAGCUGAAACAAUGCAGCCCGCCAUCAUCGCCGACAUCUUCUUCCUACACGACCGCGGAAAGUGGAACACCAUGUAUUGGGUCGCGUACAUGGGGUCGCUGAUGGUUGGCCCCAUCAUUUCCGGCUCCAUGGCACUCCAUGCCGGCUGGCGCAGCUUCUGGUGGCUCAAUGCGGGCAUCCUCGGGCUCGGAUGCAUACUGGUCGCCUUCCUCUACCCGGAAACCAAGUACCCCCGGCCGCACGAGCUGAACGCGCACACGACCGCGCCCAAGACCCUCUCCGCCACCCCCUCCGAAGAGAAGACCAACGCCACAGCCAUCGAGUUCGUCAACGACAACACCAGCACCAACAACAUCGCCCACAUCCCCACCCAAAACACCGCCGCACCCCGCGACCUCGAAGCCACGCCGACCGCCCAACGCGACCCCUGGCUCAACCACGGCACGCCCUCGAAAUCGCAAUGGGCCCUGUACCAGCGCAACGCGCACCCGUGGCGCAGCAUCGCGCUCUCGCUGUGGACGCCGUGGAAGCUCUUCGCCUUCCCCAUCGUCGAGUUCGCCUCCUUCGUCGUCUCGUGGUCGUGCUCCUCCUUCCUCACCAUCAACCUGACGCAGGCCCAAAACUUCGCCGCGCCCCCGUACCAGUUCUCGUCCGAGGUCAUCGGCUUCAUGAACUUCGCCAUCCUCGUCGGCGCCUUCGUGGGGCUCGCCACCGCCGGCCCGCUGAGCGACUGGGUCGCUGCGAAGCUGACGGCGCGGAAUGGCGGGAUUAGGGAGCCCGAGAUGCGUCUGCCUGCUAUGCUGCCGUAUGUGUUGGUUAUGAUAUUGGGGAAUGUGUGCGUCGCGGUCGGGUACGAUGAGAAGUGGCAUUGGGCGCCGAUUGUUGUGGUGGGGUAUGCGUGUGCGGGCAUCCAGGUUGCUGCGCUGCCCGCCAUUGCGAGCACCUAUGCGGUGGACAGCUACAAGCCGGUGGCGGGGAGUCUGUUUGUGAGUAUCACCGUGAAUAAGAACUUGUGGGGGUACGGGUUUAGUAAGUUUAUUACGCCGUGGAGUGAGGAGGCUGGGUUCAUCCCGCCGAUCAUGACGAACAUGGCUUUGGUCACGUUCUUCUCGGCUUGUGGUAUCGUCUUUUACUUUUAUGGAAAGACGGUGCGGAGGUGGAGCAAGAACAGCAAUGUGCAUAAGAUGGAGUAG